AAGAUGCCAGAGCCCAUCUGUCUGAUUGACAAUGAUGAGAGUGGGUGCAUGUGUGUCAGGAGAGAGGCACUGGAGAUUCUGGAGCAGAUCACACAGCCUGUGGUGGUGGUGGCCAUAGUGGGGCUCUACCGCACUGGAAAAUCCUUCCUUAUGAACAGACUGGCAAGAAAAAAUAAUGGUUUUGCACUGGGAGACACCAUAGAAUCUAAGACCAAAGGCAUCUGGAUGUGGUGUUUACCUCAUCCCACUAAAGAAGGACACACUCUAGUGCUGCUGGAUACUGAGGGACUGGGAGAUGUGAACAAGGGUGAUGAGAAACAUGACACCUGGAUCUUCUGCUUGGCUGUUUUACUCAGUAGUACUCUGGUCUACAAUAGCAAGGGGACCAUUGAUAACACUGCCCUACAAAAACUGCACUAUGUCACUGAACUGACUAAGCACAUCAAGGUAAAGAUGGGCUCAAGCAAUGAUGACCAGUCUACAGAAUUUAUGUCAUUUUUCCCAUCGUUUGUCUGGGCGGUGCGAGACUUUACUUUGAAACUGGAACUGGAAGAUCAACCUAUCACUGCGGACCAAUAUCUGGACAAUGCUCUGAAGCUCAGGCCAGGGUCGUCUGUGAAAACUGAGCAGUACAAUCUGCCCCGCCGCUGUUUGCGUGAGUUCUUUUCUCCUCGCAAGUGCUUUGUGUUUAAGCUUCCAACAACUGAGGAGAAGAUGAGUAGGAUGGAGCAGUUAAGAGAUGCAGACCUACAUCCCAGCUUUUUGAAGGAGGUGGAAGCUUUCUGCAGCUACAUUUUUACUAAUGCUCAGGCCAAAACCAUGAGAGAAGGCCUUGGACUGACUGGCAGAAUGUUAGGGAACCUGGCAGAGACAUAUGUUGAAGCAAUCAGCAGUGGGCAGGUGCCCUGUCUGGACAACGCUGUUGAUUCACUGUCACAGAUUCAGAACAAACGUGCUGUAACCGAAGCCCUGGAUUUUUAUAAGAGUGAGAUGAGUCGAAAUGUCCAACUUCCCACAGAAACACAGAAGGAACUGUCUGAUAUUCAUACAAAAAUACAAGGAGAGGCAGUUGAAAUCUUCAUUAAUGGCUCUUUCAAUGACGUCAAACAGAAACACCAGCUUGAGCUAAUGAGGAGAAUGUGGAGUGUCUAUGAGGAGUACUGUAGAGAUAAUGUGGAGACAUCUCACAAAAUGAGCAAGUCUGCCAUAUCUCGUGUGUUUUCCUCACUGGAGACAGAACUGAAGAAGGUGUCCUACAUGCGGCCUGGGGGCUACACAGACUACCGCAGUGCUCUGAAGAGAGCGACUGAGCAGUACAGAUCAGAGAAAGGCCAUGGACUCAUGAGUGAGGACGUGCUUAAUGAGUACCUGAGUGAGAGGAAGGUGUUCGGAAAUAACAUUUUGGCAGCAGACAAGUCUCUCACAGAAUUCCAGCAGGAGACUGAAAGGGCAAGGUUGAAAAUUGAGGCAGAUGAGCAGCAGCGAAGGGCUGAGGAACAGCAGAGGAGGAUCAAGGAACAGGAGAUCAAGGACCAGCAGAGAACCUAUAAUGAGAAUGUUGAACAGCUGCGGAAGAAGUUGAAAAAAGAACAAGAGACUGCCAAGCAAGAGCUUGAACGAGUGCUGGAUGCCAAACUGAAGGAACAGAGAGAUCUGAUUGAGGAAGGUUUUAAAGAUAUGGCUGAGAAAAUGAAGAGAGAAACUGACAAACUGCAAGAGAAGAAGAGAAAUUGGAAAGUGUCUUGGUCAUCUGUAAUUAGCAUAGCGCUGAAAGCAUUGGGGUUCGCUGCCAAGUUUUUGCCUGGCAUUGGACAAACAGCAGGAAUGGCCCUGGAUGCCGUCUCUAAUUUCUUUUCGUGA